UGCCAUAUUCUUUUAGCCAGCAGUUUUGACCUUGAAAAGAACCAAAAGAGAUGGGUCGUGAUCGGGAUUUGCUUGAACAGACUUCUCUUACCAGUCCUCCGGGAUUUUGUGGCUCAAGAAAUUCCCAAACACUACGCAUCCCUGAAGACUGUUCAUGGAAUUGACACUCAAGUCUAUGGAAAACAUUCGGUUCAUGAUGGACCAUUUCAGCUUAACUAUGGAAGCAUCAACAAUAAUUGGUGGAAUUUUAAGAAAAAAGUGCGUUCAUAUGAUUACAAAGUUGGAACCGCUGAAGACUUGGCUAAACUUUAUCUUGAGCCACACAUGGCCAAGUUUACAGGUACUCAAAAUAAGAGCGUGCCGAAUGACUUGUCCUUUAAACAAAUAAUGUAUGCGAAUCAGUUUUCUUGCUUUAAACGUACAGUUGCGAAAACUAGAUCAUCUCUCUUUGGAAAUAUCACAAAUUCCUUCCAAUAUUAAAAGCCAAAUUGAGGGCCAAAAGCUAGAAAACUGCAUUGAAGAAUGUCAUCUACGCUUACUUAGUGAGGAUCAUUAGGCAGACAGGUUCAGGGACAACACCACUUUUGAAAAUUCUCCUCAGCAGUGGGUCUUCUAUGAGGAGCGUCCUAACUAUGCCAUACAGUAGUAAAAAUUUUGAUUCAUACACAAUAUACUGCUUGUAUUAAACAAGAUGCUUUUUCCAUGAUGUCCUGACAAAAUGACUUUUAAAGUGUGAUAGCUUCAACUCUUAGUACAGUGUCUAAAUAUAAAUCUGUUGUAUGGUUUAGUUGGCCUUUUUAUCAAGUUCAAGUCUGGUGCAUUUAAAACUUGAACAGAACUUGCUCGUCAUUUCCUUGAUUUCUCUUUUACAACACGAAGCAUCACAAGAAACAAGAAGCAUUAUUCAGUUUAAAGUUGUGGUGUAAGCCUCAGGGAGGUGGGGGGUUGUACGCAAGGCUCCAGUUUACCUCUUUUGUUACAACUGUUCCCGCUUUUGUUGUGUCAGUCGUGCAAUUUGUAUGCAAUCUGAUAUUAUUUCAACUUGAUCUGCAUGUGAAAAACCGAAAGUUUUCAACUGAAACGAAGUCAACUCCAUCCUCAAGUUCACCUGAAGGCUAAUGGUUUACUUGGAAAACAAAGGCAUGCGUCUCUUAAAUUCGGAGCUAUUUUUAUGCUUAAGGUACAGGGCUACUUCUUUUUGGGGAUCGUUUUAACUCCAUAUUUACUCCAAUCAUGGAGGUAACUUUUUGACACUGCGGAUGAUAUAUAUAACUCCACCUCGGUAGUCCUAACUGUUUGAAAUGCACUGUGCAUUUGUAGGAUUUGAUAACACCUGUGACCUGUCAGCAGUCCUGGGGAUUCUGGAGAGGGCGUCUGUUUUUCACAAUCGUGUCCAGACCAAUGCCAAGGAUGUGCGCUCUAAAGUAAGAAAUGAGUGGGGACACUGCAACUUUGACCACUGGACUGAGCUAGAGUUCCAGAACAGUUUUCAACUUAUGGAGACCAUGGUUCGUUCACUGGGGCUACCAAAGGCUGAUGAAGACAAACAACUUGAUGAACUUCAAGACUGGGAAACUAAGGGUACGUAUUACUGAACGGGUAAGGUAUUGGACGUAUAUACCAACUUUACAUCAAAGAUAAAGUUAUAUCAGAUGUUCCUUUGGGGGGUGGGGGGGGGAGAGGGUGGCUUAAUUACAGACAUGACGAGAAACAUAGAGGGCGUUUGUAUUUAUUGAUUUGUUUGGGGUUGUAUUAAUUUACUAGAUGGCAAUCUUAAUUUAUAGGCUUACAACUGUGCAUGGGCUGCCCAGUGGAUAAGGAUUUAAUGAACCUUAUCAGUGUUGAAGUUUGCAACCUGGAAAAGGAGGUGGAUAACUUAAAGCAGUCCAGCGCCGAUGAAGCCAACAAGAUAAGUGCUGCCCUUCAAAUUAUCAGAGACGAAAUUGAUAACUUUGACAAGCGAAUAACUGAGAUUGAAAGAAAAGUGGAAGCAGAACGAAUGGAGCGGUUAGAAAAAGAGGAAGCUUCGUCGGAUGCAAUUGCAAAUAUUUCAGGCAACGUAGAAGAAGUACACAAACGUAUAGAUGCUAAUGAAGGGGACAUUUCUCUGUUGAAAGAAAAGCAAAGCGAUUUAGAAACAACUGUAUCGUUUGUAACAGAUGAACAAACUCGUUUAACUGCUGAUGUAGGGGCUUUAAAAAGGGAGCAAAGUCAGUUAGAUGCGAGGGUUGACGCCCUAGAAAAGGGGAGUUCCAAGAGAACAAAUGCUAAAAUUUUUCAAGUACCCAGCCGCAAUCGUUGCUUUUGUGGUCGCGAUAGGGAAUUAGAAGCAAUUGUAGCGAAACUAAAAAACACCCCAAAUGGAUGUAUACACUCAGCUAUUUGUGGUCUCGGUGGUGUUGGUAAAACGUCUCUCGCAGUAGAAUUUCUUUGGCGAAAUAAUAAAGAAUAUCCCGGGGGUAUAUUCUGGAUUUCUGGCGAAAAUAAUAAUCUUUUUCAAAGGUCCGUCGGGGAGAUGGCACGUCAAAUUGGAACGUUCGAAAACGAUUUUGACAAAUCCUUGUCGAGGACCCUUGAUUGGCUUGGAAAACGCGACGAUAUGUGGUGUUUGGUCGUCGAUAAUCUUGACGAGUUAGAAAUGUCCACAGAAAUGCGUAAGCUGCUUACUGGUCACUGGAAAAGUAUGGCUCGUGGUCACAUCAUCAUAACAACAAGAAGGGAGGUUUCAGAAAUUGGAGAAGAAACAGGAAUUGACGAGCAGUGUUGCAUUGACUUAAAAUGCUUAACAGAAGAAGAAGGCAUUCAGUUCCUAUGGAUGCGAACAGGGAAAGCUGAAAAAGAAGAAAACGACUUACGUGAACUGGUCAGAGAACUUGGAGGACUGCCUCUAGCCCUUGAUCAAGCUGGGGCCUAUAUAAGGUGGGUUAAACAGUCCAUAAAGGAGUAUGUGGAGAAAUUCAGGAAGCAGAAGCUGCUUCUAUUAAAAAAGAAAAAGGCCCAACUAUUUGUGGAAAACACGUCUGCUGAGCGGCUAGCUGUCCACACAACAUGGAUGUUGAAUUUUGAUCACAUCAAUCACAUCUCAAAAGAGAUGGAACUUGGAGAAGCUCCCAUUCGUUUUAUGCAGGUUUGUGCUUUUUAUGGCCCGGAUGACAUUCCAUACGAGUUGGUUAAUGAAGGGCUAAAGGAAGAUGGCAGUUCUGAAGAGGAAAGCGGUGUAUGGGAUCAAGCUGAAAUAAUGUCUCUUCUUACUAAGUUUUCGCUGUUUCAAAGAUACGGAACAAAUUCGUUUAGCGUUCAUCGUUUAGUGCAAGAGGUGAUUCGAAGCCAGCUGAAAAAGGGGAAAAUUGAAUUGAAUGUUCUCUAUCGUGCAGUGUGUAUUCUUCACCACGCGUUGGAAAAUACUCGCUCUCCGGCAGAAGUGUGCGAAAGUUUCGUUGAAGACGCUGUUUUUAGUAUAGAGAAUCCCCCUUCGUUGCGUCUGUGGGGUAAGUUGGCCUUACAUUCCACGUAUUUGCAGGAGCAUUUGCGCGAUUACUCCGCCAAGCACAAAGAGUCAGUCCAUACCCUGCUGCACACUGAAGAAAGCGUGCGUGUCUUCAAUGAAGCAGGUAUAUUCUUCAGUAUUUCCCAAGAGAAAGUUAAAGCUCAAGAAGUACAAGAACUAAAGCUCCAAUCACUGGUGAACCUCACAAAGCCGACCACAGAGGAUGGCACUAAAUUGUUUACGUAUUUCAUCGAUAUCCCUUUAAAGGACAGGGACUACAAGCUGAUUUCUCACUGCAUGAGACAACCAGCUUCUGAAGGCAAUUCCCUGAAUGUGGCAGGAAAUUCUUGUAUGGACAGGGAGAAACAGGCUGACCAGAUAAGGGAACAAGGAAACCUUGCAGUGCAAAGUCGUAAGUUUGAAGAUGCGUUGGACCUUUAUUCUACUGCCAUUGAUUUGAAUGUCGAGGACUAUCGACUCUUCGCCAACCGAGCUCUUUGCUAUUUAAAACUCGGCCGGCCACAGCGAGCUCUUGAUGACUGUGAAAAGUGCCUUUCAUUAAAUCCCCGAUACAGCAAGGCACUUCAACGGAAGACCUGGGCUCUUUAUGAUCUCGUUAAGGGCGGAGCUGAUCACCUUAAUGGGCAAAGGAGAGCAACGCUGACACUGGCUGUGUUCUUUGAUUCUAGUCUUCAAAGUAACGUAAAGUUUUGUGAAAUGUUUCCAGAAGUACGUUCGUUUUUAGCUAGAGAAAUAAAGAAUGAAACGCAAUUGGCUAUAGCUCUACUGACGGCGAAGGAAAAUGAAACUUUGCUUUUGCACGAAGGAGAGUAUAAUUUAGAAGAAUUCAUUUCCUUCACUGAUCUCCAGAUUGUAGGUCUAGGCAAGGGAAUCACUUUAACCUGUUCGACCCUUUGCUCAAUUUUUAGUUCCAGCUGCUAUUUCGAAAAUAUCAUUUUCUCCAAGGAGAACAUUGGUCUAGUUUGCCAAGAAAAGAAAGGGAUUAUUCAUUUGAACCAAUGCGGAAUUUCAGGGGGCCGGACAACUUGCGAGGAUUUUCCGGAAUGUAACGGAGGUCCUGGAUGCAUAGCAGCAUCUUUAGGAGAGCCUGUCUGUAAUCGUACGGGAAAAUUUGGAGAACCAUCUUCCAUCUCUGGCAUUAUAGGUUCUCCUGGGGUCCAGAUUAUAAAUGGGGCCUUUGGACUUAUUGAAAAUUGUACAAUUCAUGACUGUGGUGGAGGAGGUAUACUAGUUGCAAAGGAAGACGCCCGCAUGGAGGUGAGAAAAUGUGAAGUGUACAAAAACCAUCAAGGUGGCUUAGAAGCAAGAGAAGGAGGAAAACUGAUUGCCUCUGGAAACAGGAUAUUCGACAACGGAUACCACGGCAUCAUACUCGGUCCGUAUGCAGGCGAAUGUGACAUCACUGGUAACAAGAUUUUUGAAAAUAGAAGAGAAGGCAUGCUUGCCAUCACGAAUGCGAACAGGAUAGACAUACGUAACAAUGAUGUUCAUCACAACGGGCCGUUUGGGCUUUCUCUAGAUGAUAAUUCUCGCCUUUCAAUCAGUAACAACAGGAUAUUCGAGAAUGGAUUUUGGGGUAUCUUCGCCAAAACACGAACCUCCGCAAAUAUAACAGGAAACGUUAUCUCUGGCAACAAAUGUGGUGGCAUUUUCAUUGGGAUUAAUUUUUCUGGGCGAAUUCAUCUGGAAUCAAACAUUGUCCGAGACCAUGGUGGCCCGUGGCUUGAGUUUCCAAAAACCAUUGACAGUUUUCCUGUUGAUGAAAGAUUCUUGUCGCGCGAUAUAAGGAACCCUGUUUACAUUCCAAGAGGAGAAAAGUCCGAGAUUUACACAAAACCUCCCAUUCUCGCUGGAAAUAAAGUAUUUAACAACAAGGAAGGCAUGUAUCACCCGAGAGAGGUUGUUGAGCGAGUUUACAAUGGAUGUACAUUUUGCCGCCGCUCAAGUGAUGUGGAAAUUCACCUUAUGAAGUGUCCAACGUGUCACAUUGCUUCUUACUGCAGCAAAGAAUGCCAACGCAAACACUGGCCGACACACACUACUUUGUGCAUAGCCCUGAAAAGUCGUUAUUCUGUAACGGUCAGAAUUAUUCCUCUUGCAGAGUUGGGGGAAACCUCACUGUUAAGACAUGGGUUUUAUUUAAAAUGUACGAGAAAAGGCCCUAAACCCAAUCGAAACGAGAAGUUCAUGGUUAAGAUUCAAACCCAGCAUCUUAAUAGCCAUCCGUUGCAGUUGAUGUUCCUUUAUGACAAAAGCCAAACUCUGGUUUGCAGCAUUCAAAGCGCACAAAUUUUCCACGUGAUAAUGGAAUGCGGCGUUUUGGAAGAGCUAAGCAAAUUCACUAGUAAACAGGUUUUUUUCUGGGCCAUCUUUGCUGAAAAAGAAGACAAACUAAUGAUUUUUCUCGACCACCUGGCUCCGUAUCAGGAUUGGUAG